GCCAGCAGGAAGUGACGCAAUCGGUAGGCGCCGCCCCCGUCGGCGAGCGGCAGGAAGGGGGGACCCGCCGGCGGCUGAGGAGCGCCUCGCCCGCCAUGGCCGCCCCCGCCAACGCCCAGAGCGCCAGCAAGACCUGGGAGCUGAGCCUGUACGAGCUGCACCGCACCCCGCAGGAGGCCAUCAUGGACGGGACGGAGAUCGCGGUGUCCCCGCGCAGCCUGCACAGCGAGCUGAUGUGUCCCAUCUGCCUGGACAUGCUGAAGAACACCAUGACCACCAAGGAGUGCCUGCACCGCUUCUGCUCCGACUGCAUCGUCACCGCCCUGCGCAGCGGGAAUAAGGAAUGUCCCACGUGCCGGAAGAAGCUGGUUUCCAAGCGAUCCCUCCGACCGGAUCCCAAUUUUGACGCCCUGAUCUCCAAGAUCUACCCCAGCCGGGACGAGUACGAGGCCCACCAGGAUCGGGUCCUGGCCAAGCUCAGCCGUCUCCACAACCAGCAGGCGUUGAGCAGCAGCAUCGAGGAGGGGCUGAAGAUGCAGGCCAUGCACAGGGCUCAGCGCGUACGGAAGCUGCACCAGGAGUCGGACAAUGCCACGUUCAGCGGCGGAGAGGACAACUGCGACAGCCGUUCCCACCUCAGCAACGCCUCAGCCCCCAGCCACCCCGAGGCCGGCCCCAGCCGGAAACGAUCCCGAGCUUCCGACGACUCCGGGCCCGAUCCCGAUCCCGAAACCUCCCACGAAGGUGGGGGGCGAGGGAGCCCCGAGCCGGGGGCGGAGCCGGGCAGCAGCGAGAUCGAGCUGGUUUUCCGUCCGCAUCCGCUUUUGGUGGAGAAGGGGGAGUACUCGCAGACACGGUACGUGAAGACGACGGCCAACGCCACCGUUGACCACCUCUCCAAGUACCUGGCGCUGCGCAUCGCGCUGGAGGAGGCGCCGGGGCCGGGGCCGGAGGCGGCGGCGGGGCUGGAGGAGGUGAGCGAGAAGCAGUACACCAUCUACAUCACCACCGCCGGCGGAGCCUUCACGACCCUCAAUGGGUCCCUGACGCUGGAGCUGGUGAACGAGAAGUAUUGGAAGGUCAGCAAACCCCUGGAGCUCUACUACGCGCCCACCAAGGAGCAGAAGUAGGAGCGGGGGGGGACACCCCAAGACCCCCCCCCCCCACCUCGGUCUCCCCAACCCCCCCCCCCGGCGAGGUCCCGGCGGUCCUCCAGGACCCUCGGGACCCCCUCGUGUCCCCACAGACUGGCUGGGGGCUCCUUGGGGGGCUCCUGAAGGUGUUUCUCUCUCUGGAGCGGCGGCACCUGGGGGAUGCUGGGGUGGGGGGGGCAACAAACGG